CGCAGUGAGCAGUUGACGCUGUCUCCAACAGCGGACACAGAGGUGUGGAAGCUAAUGAAAAGAAUAACGGGAGAAAAACGGAAAAAUGUCCGGUUUAUUCCAACUUAUGUGAAGAAAAUAAGAAAUAAAAACACCGGCACGAGCAGCGGGUGUUAACGGAGACGGUGAUACGUCUUCAAAGUGCGUCAUCCUGACCGGAGAACCAUCGAGAGAAACAUGAAUCCUGAGUAUGAUUAUCUGUUCAAGCUCCUGCUCAUCGGAGACUCUGGAGUGGGAAAGUCCUGUCUGCUGCUACGCUUUGCAGACGACACUUACACAGAGAGCUACAUCAGCACCAUCGGAGUCGACUUCAAGAUCCGCACCAUUGAGCUGGACGGAAAGACCAUCAAGCUUCAGAUUUGGGACACUGCUGGUCAGGAGAGGUUUCGAACCAUCACCUCAAGUUAUUAUCGAGGAGCUCACGGCAUCAUCGUGGUUUAUGAUGUCACAGACCAGGAGUCCUAUAAUAAUGUGAAGCAGUGGCUGCAGGAGAUCGAUCGUUACGCCAGUGAGAAUGUCAACAAACUGCUGGUGGGAAACAAGUGUGACCUCACGACCAAAAAGGUGGUCGACUACACCAUGGCUAAAGAGUUUGCAGACUCUCUGUCCAUCCCGUUCUUGGAGACGAGCGCUAAAAAUGCCACGAAUGUGGAGCAGGCGUUCAUGACGAUGGCGGCAGAGAUCAAGAAGAGGAUGGGCCCUGGGGCCACAGCGGGGGGGGACAAACCCAAACUGAAAAUAGAGAGCACCCCUGUCAGGCAGUCAGGGGGGGGCUGCUGUUAGAGGACCUGUCUUAACAGUUAUUUCUCACCCCCUCAUCCCCCAUCAGAUCUCAUCCCCAUCACUCAUCAGCCCUCAACCCCAUUACCCAUCAGCACUCCCCCCCCCCCCACACACACACACACACACACACACACACA